GCAGACACAUAUGACUGGACAUCUGUUCUGAUUUCAACACAACCAAGGAUCACUUGUAUUGUUGCUUUAACAACCCCAUCAAUUCUUAGUUUGGUAAUCAAGAACCGCAAAGCUGCUGUCCACGUGGACUGGUGCUGACGUUUCUCGUCCAACUGCAAGGGCGUCUCCUUCUAAACCUAGAGACAUGGCCACAAAUGGAGCAAAAGUAGCUGAUGGGCAAAUCUCCACAGAACUCAGUGAUGCCUCAAUUACUAAUGAUAAGCCUAAGACUUUAGUAGUAAAGGUGCAGAAGAAAAGAGGAGAUAUUCCAGACAGAGACAUCUGGAAGGGAAAAUUUGACUUUCUUAUGUCCUGUGUUGGCUAUGCAAUUGGUUUGGGGAAUGUGUGGCGGUUCCCAUACCUAUGUGGGAAAAAUGGAGGAGGGGCAUUCCUGAUUCCUUAUUUCCUUACUUUAAUUUUUGCGGGAGUUCCCCUGUUUCUUUUGGAAUGCUCACUUGGCCAGUACACGUCCAUAGGAGGUCUUGGAGUCUGGAAGCUUGCUCCAAUGUUCAAAGGUGUGGGAUUAGCUGCUGCUGUUCUGUCCUUCUGGCUUAAUAUUUACUACAUUGUGAUUAUUUCCUGGGCCAUAUAUUACUUAUAUAACUCUUUUACUACAAUUCUUCCAUGGAGGCACUGUGAUAACCCCUGGAACACAAACCACUGUUUCUCCAACUACAGCAUAGUAAAUACCACCAACAUGACAAGUGCUGUUAUGGAAUUUUGGGAACGUAACAUGCACCAAAUGACAGAUGGACUGGAAAAACCAGGCCAGAUUCGUUGGCCAUUAGCAAUAACUCUGGCAAUUGCCUGGGUUUUAGUAUAUUUCUGCAUCUGGAAAGGAGUAGGCUGGACUGGAAAGGUGGUAUACUUCUCUGCCACAUAUCCAUACAUCAUGUUGCUUAUCUUGUUCUUCCGAGGAGUUACAUUACCUGGAGCAAAAGAUGGCAUUUUAUUCUAUGUAACUCCUAAGUUUGAGAAGCUUUCAGACUCUGAGGUCUGGCUGGAUGCUGCCACACAGAUCUUCUUUUCCUAUGGUUUGGGUCUUGGCUCAUUGAUUGCCCUUGGAAGUUACAACCCAUUCAACAACAAUGUUUACAGGGAUUCCAUCAUAGUAUGCUGCAUAAAUUCUUGCACAAGCAUGUUUGCUGGUUUUGUUAUUUUCUCCAUUGUUGGAUUUAUGGCUUAUGUAACCAAACGCCCUAUUGAAGAUGUUGCAAAAUCAGGUCCAGGACUUGCAUUUUUAGCUUACCCAGAAGCUGUAACGCAACUUCCCGUCUCUCCGUUGUGGGCAGUACUGUUCUUUUCUAUGUUGCUUAUGCUUGGAAUUGACAGUCAGUUCUGUACUGUUGAAGGAUUCAUAACAGCACUAGUGGAUGAAUUUCCAAAACUGUUACGCACUCGAAGAGAAAUUUUCAUUGCUAUUGUGUGCAUUGUGUCAUACCUGAUAGGACUGUCUAAUAUUACUCAGGGCGGGCUCUAUGUGUUCAAGCUUUUUGACUAUUACUCAGCAAGUGGAAUGAGUCUUUUAUUUCUUGUGUUCUUUGAGUGUAUCUCCAUAUCCUGGUGUUACGGUGUAAACCGUUUUUAUGACAAUAUCCAAGAGAUGGUUGGAUACAGGCCCUGCAUCUGGUGGAAGCUCUGUUGGUCUUUCUUUACUCCAAUUGUUGUGGCAGGUGUAUUUAUCUUCAGCGCUGUGCAGAUGACUCCUCUCACUAUGGGCAAUUAUGUGUUCCCCAAAUGGGGCCAAGGUGUUGGCUGGUUUAUGGCGCUCUCUUCUAUGGUGCUGAUUCCAGGCUAUAUGGCAUACAUGUUCCUUACUUUAAAAGGCUCCUUAAAACAGCGUAUCCAAGUAAUGAUUCAGCCAAGUGAAGACAUUACUCAUCCUGAAAAUGGACCAGAACAAGCCCAACAGAGUAAUUCUGCAAACAAAGAAGCAUAUAUAUAAAAUCAGUCUUUGAAGUGAUACAAAACUUCCUCUGGGGGCAAUUAUCUAUAUAUACACACAAAAAGAACAUGGUUGAAUAUUACCACAAAUUUAUGUCUGAGAAUAAAAUAACCUACCUCUAGUGGCACAAAAGACCAUCACCACUAUAUAGGAAGCAAUGUGGUAUGAUCAAACCAUUUUAUGGGCUUAGUUGUUAACAAUGUUUUGUGUUUUCUGGCAAUCCAUAGACUGUUAAUAUUUUUAUUCUCUCUCAGUAAGUGUGGAGUAUCUGGAAUUUAUUAAAACACACACACACAAACACACAUGUAGGCCAUUUUUAAUCUUUAUCUUUUAGUGCAACAAUUUGAAUUUUUGUGCUAGUUUUUAUUAAUAAAUUUCUUACUGUUUGAUUCCCAAGCUGUUAUUUCUUAGAACAGUUAAAUUGGAAAGCUGUUUUAUAUUCACCAGCAAAGUAUUUUUAUGAAAGAAAUUUCCAGUGAAAAUACUGCCCUAAAAAUAUUAACCAACUUCAUUCCUGAGUUGGUUUUUCUAAUUUUCUCCUUACGUAGAGCUAUAUAUUAAUCAUUCUUAUACAACUGCCACAGGCAAUACUUCCACUAUCUAGUAUUAUCUUUUGGGCCUCUGGCAUUUAAGAUAUUAUGUUAUUUUGUAGUAAUAUAACUAUCAGAAUAUUUUCACUAUGAGCAUCUUUCAAAGUACUGGAUUUUUUAAAAAACAAAACAAAAAAAACAAAAGUGGCAAUAUGAUGACAUACUUAUUUCAAACUGUGAUGAGUCCCUCUCAAAGGUUGGUCCUAUAUAAACUGUAUACAUUAACUAUCAUUUAAGCCAGGUUUUACUUCACUUUAUGUUAUAAAGUUGUACCACUGGUAAGUGCAACAUAUACACAGAAAAGAACCAAACCAAUAGCUUAUAUAUCAAAAUACUUCCCAUAGAAUAUAAUUUAGGGCUUUAAACUUAGCACUUCUCUAGCUGGUUUGUUGGAGAUCUAUCUAUAAUGAAAGUUUUUGCUAGGAAGAAAAUUGUAAAGCACUUUGAAGACAGAAUUUUAUUUUUUUGUUGCUUAUUUUAUGUAUGUGUUUUUCACAGUAAUAAUGAAGACCUGAUGAAAAAGUCUUGGUGGGCUCUAGCAUGCAUUUUCCACAGGAGUUUAAGAGAUUUCUUCCAAUGUAGAAAAUUGCAAAGCUCUGAGAGACCGCAAUAACAAUUCUUGUUUGGCAGCUAUGGAAUAGACAGUGAGGAUCAUAGGAAAAUGGUUUUCAAUGACUGUGAUAGAACUGUGCAAUGAAACAUGCUUUUCAGCAAAAUCUUGUGCAACAUACAGUGUUAGAUAGCAUACAUUUUAUGUAGAAAUACUAUGUGAACAACAUGUUAACUGUGAAAGUUGGUUUUUUUGUUGUUUUUGUCUGAAGGUGACAAACAUAUGUUCUUGCAAUAAGGUAUUAUUCUCAGAAUGUCAAGCACAUUAUUGUAGCAAAUAUACAUACAUAUAAAUAUAUAUAUAUAUAUACACACGCACACAUAUUUCAAUCUAAUAAUAAAAACUUAUUAAAAGUAUUGUUUAGUAGGUUCUAAAUUGUUUCAUACAGUAGAUCAACUGUAAAUUAUCAAGAAAUCUAUAGGAAACUAAAUGUCUAUAGGUGAAGUCUCAAAUCCAAAUAUUGUAGAUUUUCAGGGUUUAGAAGAAAAAGAAAAUGUCAUAUUUUACAUGUUUCACAUACAUUACAAAUUCAGUCUUUCUCUUUAUUGUUUAUGUAAUCAGGUCCCAUGUUGUUCUAAGAAAAAUGAAGUAUUCAGUGUUUGAUUGUAUAACACUUAUAACAGAUGUUUGACAGAUUUGCUCUAGCAAAAUUCUGCACAAACUUAUAUAUAGCACAAAAAUAGUGUGGUAGAACUACUGUGUGUAAACUGUGAAUAACUGUAUCUUUUUGUAGUAUUUACCCUUUUAAAAAGAAAGAAUAUAUGACCAUAUAUGCUUUUGCAAUAAUAAAUUAUUCUCUAAACACCAAGCAAAUUUAUCUCUAUAUAAAAAAUAUAUGUAAUAUAUACACAUUCUAAAAUAUAUAUAGAACCUGUUUUAAAAGAGAUAGAGUACAGUAUAAUUUAAAAAAAUUGCAAUGUUCUAUGGACCAAAUGUACAAUAUUUAUAAAUUAAAAUGCAUUUUAAAUGUCUACAAAUAGUGUCUUAAUUAAAGCACGGUUGUUAUGUAACUUUC